AUGGAGGCGCAUAAUUUGUGCUGCACUCCGUCGAUUAAGAUGGAGGAUUUUAAUCACAAACGCCCUCGGGCAAAUACUACAUCCAUAAAUUUGGAGACUCCCAAGCAGAAACGUGCUCGGGCAAGCUCUCCAGCGGAACAGAGCAAGCCUCCCAAGAUGGAAUCCCCUGAGCCCAGCUCCCCAUACCAACAAACCGAGGUUCUCCAGCCGCUUGAUCCAAUGGACAUAGACAUCGAUGACGACCGGAUGUAUCCUUACAAACGGAAGGACCUCCUCAAGAGAUCUGAUUACGUGGCUACCAUUCGAGGAGUAGGGCGUCUCCUCACUUCGGACGGCGAGGGAUGGUCGACAACACACAAGUACGUUGGAAGGCUGUACCGCGUCAUGGAGCAGAGAAUGCGCCCUUGGAUACUGGACUUUGUUCUCCACAGUCUUCAGCACCUUUCCAAUGAGCAGAUGAGAAUUAUCAUUCAAAGCCUAGAAGGGUACUGCGUCCAGGAGGAAUGGACUGCCUUGAAAAGGCGACUUCCAGAUGCUGCCCGCAACUUUAUUGGAGAACUCUUCGCUGAGUCCCUCAUUUAUAAGACGAUCAUGACUAGGGUUUUUGAAAAUUAG